ACAUUCCCUACUGAUGUCAGGAUACCAACCAUAAUAACAUUUCCCACUGAUGCCAGGAUACCAACCAUAAUAACAUUUCCCACUGAUGUCAGGAUACCAACCAUAAUAACAUUUCCCACUGAUGCCAGGAUACCAACCAUAAUAACAUUCCCUACUGAUGUCAGGAUACCAACCAUAAUAACAUUUCCCACUGAUGCCAGGAUACCAACCAUAAUAUUUCCUACCGAUGUCAAGAGACCAACGAUAAAAAUAUUGUCUACUGAUGUUCCGAGACCAAUCAUAAUAAUAUUCCCCAUUGAUGCCAGGAGACCAACCAUAAUAUUUCCUACUGAUGCUAAGAUACCAUCCAUAAUGAUAUUUCCUACUGAUGUUCCUAGACCAACCAUA